AUGGCAUCCAAGGGACCGGAGUGUUCAAUCUGUUUUGAACGUUACAAUGACCUAAGCAAAUGUCCUCGGAUGCUGAGUUGUGGACACAGCUUCUGCUCGUGUUGUUUGGAAAGGUUACUCCGUGGUAACACCAUUGGUUGUCCCAAAUGCAGAAAUCCAGUUGCCGUUCCUUCUGGAGUCCAUGGUCUGUUAAAGAAUUUUGCAUUACUGGACAUCGUGAACGAAACGGCACCCAAACAACAUGCUGAAAAUACAGGUCAUGUCGGCUCUCACGAAUGUGAAGCUUGUGAUGAGAAACACCCUGCCAAUUUCUGUUGCCUUGACUGCAAAGAAAAUAUGUGCAAAACUGCGGCUCAGUUUCAUAAACGCAGCAAAACAAGUCGUGACCACCGGGUUGUUUCCCUCGAGGAGCUGAAAGCAAACCCUCAACUGGCUUCUGUAUCUGUUCUCUGUCCAGAACAUAACGAUCAAUUCCGAUUUUUUGACCAAGAUUGUGGUCGUGUUAUUUGUAGAGACUGUUACGCCCUUAAUCAUAGCGGGCACAACUGUGUAACUGUAGCUGAAGCUGCUUCAAAAUACCGACAGGAGAUGGAGGCGCUUGUCACCAAAGCCAGCUCUCAAGUCGAAAAGAUUAAAGCUGCUGAAGGUCAAGUGUUGAGAGCAAGUGUUUCUAUGAAGGAGGCUUGCGAAGAAAGGAAUGAUGAAAUUCAAGAGUAUUUUCAACAAGUAAGGCAUGUCUUCGUUAUUAGUUCGAAUGAAAUCGAAGCAGCAAAAAUUUCCUGGGAUUACAAGAACGACUUACGAGUAACAUGAUCAAAAAAUGAAAAACGGUUUAUGCUAGCAGUUACUGAGAUAAAGAAUAAUUUUAAAUGCACUCAAGUGACAUGCAGAAGUCAGUGAUUCGAAACACUGAACUAGAUACGUAUACGAAGAAGUAGACCUCCCGCAAAAUGAUUAACUUUGGAAUAACACUAACUGCUAAACUGCUGCUAAUAUUAAAAUAAAAGCAUCAGUGAGGGAUCAUAUUGUUAUUAGUUUUCAAAUAUCAGGCUGCUGAGGGGCAGCAUGCAAGUUAUAUUAGCUUUGGAGAAGUUUCGGGAAUAUGUGAGUGUGUUUGUUUCUUAUAGCUUCGUGACGCAAUAAAUCGCCGAGAGCAAGUUCUACUGGCUAAGUUGGUCAGUCUACAUCAAUCCAAGGAAUCCAUCCUCACGGGGCAGCUAGAACGUUUUCGAUUAAACAAAGCAUGUUUAAAGAGUGCAGUUGAACAAGCAAAGUCCUCCAUACAAUCUCCUAGCGAUGUUAACUUUCUUCUCAAUAGGCCGGCCAUAGUGUCCACUUUGGAGACCAAUCAUGAAAGCUACUCUUUGCUGCUUGAACCGGAGGCCCAGUUUUUACCCGAGUUUACACAGGACGAAAAGGUGAGAUUUCAAUAACUGUUUCAGUUCUAGCAACAGUUCAUGGCCAGACAAUAUAAUUUUCUAUCCCGUUCAGAUUUCUGUUGGGUUCCCGAGGAUAACAUUGCUUAGUAUCAACCAAUUUGAGAUGAAUUUCGGUCAGGUAAUUUGUAGUGGUUCUUGUUAACGUUUGUUUCCUGAUGAGGUGUGAAUAUAUAAAGUAAAUAUGACUGAUCCUUUCAUCUUUGAGGCGGUUCUGAACGUUAAGCACAAGGUGCCUUUCACGUUUCAUUGUUCCAUAUUGUGACAAAAGUUGAACUAAUCAAUAUAUUUUACAGAAAUAGUUGAUCGUGACGUUCAUUUCUUAAGACAAACCUCAUAAUUAUGGUUGGCCCAAAUCGAAGUUUUAACUGACCUUUUUUGUUUGUUUCUAGAUAGAAUACUAGAACUUAAUGCUAAACUGAGGCGUCGACUGUUACAAGAGAAAAAUAUUGUACAGGAGAAAAACUUUAAGUAAUGAUCCGGGUAAGGUGGAUAGCAAUUUCUUUUGUUAUGCGGCAACGGUGCUUUCCCCACAUAGGAAUGUUCUCAUUUAUACACAGAGAAUGCAUAAACCUACAUGAAAGCCGUUUACGCAAUAAAAUGCAUUUACACUCCACUUUGAAAGGGUGUUUUUCUGUGUUAAAAGAUUUUGACCAAUCACAAGAGUUGAAAACAAUAGCUAUCUGGACCGUUUCUUAAUGAAUUAACGUGAACUUAUUGAAUUUGUCCCCUCAGCAGAGAAAUUCACUAGAUGUAAAAAGGCCUCUCGCCCCCUCCAAGACUCUUAGGGGUACAGUGAGAAGAUAGAUGGUGAAUCCUUUUGCUUUUCAGCCCGUCCCUCAUGAUGAUGUCACUCCCUUGAAAUACACCUUUAACUUUUAAAAAGGAGCUCUGAACCAACUCGAAGAUUGUAAAUCUGAAAUCUAGUUGUCGCCGCACUGAAGUAAAAGUUUUAAACAACGCAACUACUGACAAAAAAGUCGUAGAUCGUUUGUUAUUGAAAAUUGUAUAUUUUUUAACUGACUGCAAUGAACUCUUUUAGUUCUUUUUUGGCAUGGCGGGUUUUACAUUUGGCAAGAGUAUAGAGAAAGCUAUCCGGCGGAGCGCAGGCGACAUCAGUGACAGAUCAACUUGUGCAGCAAACACCACUGCGACUGGCUUGGGAAUAAAAAGUGCAAACCUUGGAAGGAAGGCAAAAUUCACUAUUACUUCUCGCGACAGCCAAAGCCGUCAACGCAAGCGAGGUGGCGACGUUUACGCGGUGAAACUAAAUAAGGGAGAAUACGAAGUUAAGGUGGAUGUAAAAGACAAUGACAACGGGACGUACUUAGCAGAAUAUACUGUCCCUGAUCAAAAGUUCACGAGUUUCAUAUUAAUAUGUGGUGGUCAGGAGGGGUCAGGUCAGUACACAUUGUCCGUGUGCUUGAGAGGCGCUCACAUCAAAGGCAGCCCUUUUGCUGUAAAAGUUACACGGUGUUCUCCCUAG